AUGUCUGGCCAUCAUCAGCCACCGCCACUUCCGCCCCGAAAAACGAGCGGUAACGGGUCAAUCGCCCCUCCAAACCCGCCAGGACAAAGAUACGGAGGCAACACUCAGUAUCCAUACGGAACCGUGAGCCCACAACAACAGUCUUCUUGGUACGGGUACCCAUCGGCAUCGUCAUAUCAAACUACGACUCCUCAGACGCCCUAUUAUCCCCCGCCUCCAGGUCCGCCGCCGCCUGGACAUACCAGCUACCCAUAUACUCCGACAUCAACUGCGCCCAGCUCAGUACCGCCGACGUCUCAAUACUUCCCACCUCCCCCUCAGAGCCAGUCUCAUACAAAUGCUUCUUCUACAGCGCAGAGUUCUUUCCCUCCUUACCCUUCGUCUCUGCAGAGUCCAUCUUAUUCUAAUCCUUCCCUGCCGGUUCAAUCUCCGUUGCAGUCGUUUCCUCCACCUCCACCUCCACCUCUUCCUGCCAGACCACUGGUUCAGCAGAGUUCAAACUUAUACAGUCCACAUCCACCCUAUAACCCAGCCCAAAGCCCUUCCCAUCAAGCCUCGCAUGCCCAAUAUGUUCCGCAACUAGAUUCCUACCACAACAGCCCUCCAUCUCCAGCUGCGUACAUACGGGUUUCGCAUGCACCAGCACAAGUCACCCCAGAUCAAAUCUCGUCAUACCAUUCUCCCCUCUCUGCGACAAGUUCACCAGCAUACCUAGCCAACGCCUCGUUACCGCAGCCUGCACCACCGGGACAUUAUGUGCCAUCCGGGACAGUUCAGCCAUCAGCUCAGCAGCAACCGGCAUAUGUAGUCUCAUCUGUCCCUCCUCCUAUCCCACCACCAUCAACUCGUCCUCCAAUUCGGGACAGCUCGGACAAUUAUCAUUACCCUCCUCCUCCAGCAUCAGUAGGGCCACAACCCCCAACUUCAGCUCCAGCUCCAGCUCCAGCUGCACAAGCAUCAGCACAACAUGAAUACCCCGAACCGCCAGCGCCGUCUGGGUUACAGAACAGCCAGCAUCAAGUUUCUCGCACGCCUGUCGCGGCCCCCGAUGUCCAUCAAGCAGUGCCGGCCGCCGAGUCAACUCCGAUUCCUCUGCCAACGCCCUCAAUGUUCCCUUCUCAGCCGGAUCAUAGCUCACCGGUUCAAUUCACCAAUGAUGCCGCCACGCCAGCUCCCCCACCUUCAUCUGGUGUGCGCCAGCCCCCAACGACGCAAACCUCAGAUCACAUGGCCGACCUAUCCACGCAAAUGACAAAUCUCAGCAUGAAUGCCGUGAGCCCUAUUACAGCAUCCCAGCCUUCUCUCACAGUGUCGAGCGACGAUACUCCUCGGCCUCCGCCUCACAUUCGUGCUUCUGGGACGCCACUCGAAGUCAUCACUUACUGCCCCGAAGCGAGGGCAGUGGAUUAUUCUCUUUACUGGUAUCGUUUGCCAGAUCAUCCGGAUUCCUUGAUCUGUACACGAUGCUAUGCUGACCACAUUCGAUCAACGCCCCUGGCAAGCAAGUUCGAGAAAAUCAAGCGGCCUGACAACUUCUACUCUUCUUGUAGCUUUUGGUUCCCAAGGGUCAAGGAAGUCAUCUGGCCUGUGGCUCUUCAAACGGGCAACCUGGAUGCGCUGCGGGCAUUUAUGAAGAAGCGCCUCGACGUGAAGACAUGCAAAGGGCGCGAUCCCAUCCCCGCUUCAGAUGGAAUUAAAUGGUUCGGCAUGACGGCAAGCGAGGUCAAUGGCUUCAUCUCAUGCGAGGCCUGUUAUGAAGAUCGAAUAGUGGGCACAGCAUUCGAAAGCAGGUUCUCUCCGUAUCGCCAACAGCCUACCGGCGAGAAAUGGUCGUGCGACCUCGCUGUACCAUACAUUUCCCGAGCCAUUGUCAAGCUAGCCAAGCGGAAUGACUGGGCCGCCUUUGUUGCUGAGGCGGCUCGUCGUCUGUCAUUGCCCAAAUGCGAGGGGCAGGAGAUCCAGUCAAACCACUGCACCUGGUAUAUGCCACGUCAGAAAAUCGACAACAUGCGGGCCUGCGAGGCUUGUUACCUAGACCGAGCUGGCAUGACACGAUUCGAAAAUGAGUUUGAGAAGUACGACAUGGGCACAGGCUUUGACGCCUUCUUCGAACACAUGACCACUCUGUGGUCGUGCAAACUGUGCGACUCCAAGUAUCUCAAUCUGGUAUGGGCAAUGGAGAAUGCCAUUUAUCAGCGCAACUUCUCCGUCUUCGCCAGCUCAGCAGAGGUUGCCUGCCGUCUGCCGCCCUGCACGGUGCACGUCAGGACCUGCGGCGUCAGCCAGUUUUUUGAGCCUGCAAAGCGCAAUCCUGAGGCGACUCUUCUUUGCGAUUUCUGCGUUGCCAGCCCCCGAUUUCGCCAAUACCUCAGGAAAUUCGCCCAAUCAUUGGAUCAGGGAGUCUUCAGUUACUAUAUCGACUACGUUCGGACCUUUGCCGCUGUUCCAGUUUGUCCCGGCCUCGAUACCGUUGAAAAGGGUCACUGGUGGGGAUAUCCGAAUGCUUUGUUCUGUCAGGAUUGCUAUCUAAGCUUCGUUGCGGACACAAAACUCGGCGAGGCUGUCACUAUCAAGAAAGGGUAUGACGAGCGCGCCCAAAUCUGCCAGAUCUGGUCGUCUCGCAUGCGCACCAUGUGGCUGCAAGUAUGCGAUGCUGGCCCUCCGGGAUCGCCCGAGUCCGAUGCCAAACUGGCUGAGUUUGUCGAUUUCGGGGCCAAGAGGUUGGAGAUCUAUACGCAGACCGUCCCUCAGAUGAAGUUCAUCCGCGAUAUGAAGCUUCUGAAGAUGCAGAAUGCCAUGCAUCAGGGGCUUCUGAGUGUCAUGUACAACAACAUGGAUGGGCUCGCAUCGGUGGCUGGCACUGUAGAUGGAAACCUCCACGGCAAUAGUCAGCUGGGCUGGUACGCUACUGAGCAUGGAGUACAGGGUGCGCAAUUGAACAACAACAUGCAGGCUGGCUAUGCAGACGCGAAUCGGAUGGACGAAUGGAUGCAAAUAUUUCAGCUGGAGAUGAUAUGGAAGGAGGUUGAGUAA